AUGAGCGAAUCUACUUCCACUUCCACCUACGAGAAUGUGAAGCUCACGGGUAGAGACAACUGGACCACUUGGUUUGAGGCCCUACAAUUGCAGUGUCAAGGACUCGGGGUUUGGGACUACGUCGACCCUGACGGACCGGAUCUCACGAGCGAUUUACACCCAACGCUGCUCAUCAAUCCAAAGCAUUUCGAUGUAACUGUAAUCGAACGCAACGCUUCUGAGCAAUCAGCAUACGACAUACGACUCAAAGAGUUCACCAAUGCCAGAGCUGCCUGGGAACGAGCCCGCGAUGCUCUUCCUACGCACGAUGAACACGGCAUCCCACGAGCUAUAGCGGAAACAGAUCAGACUUCAAGAGGCACCUGGCCAACAGUUCCAGCUGCUGCCACUAUGAACAAGCUCACUAAGCUCGGUAUCAUCGACAAAUGGAUUAGACGUACAGUCACGUCGCCCAUUCUCAAAACAGCAAUCACCAAGGCGAACGCCCCGGGUGUCGAGAACAUCCAAAAGCUCAUCAAAUGUAUGAAACAGGAGCUUGCGCCAUGGAAAGCAAUGGUCAAGGACUCUGUUAGACGCGAAUACCGUCGGGUCCUUGCCAAAGCCAAGACAGGAGUCAAUGCCAAACAGUGGUACGACGACUGGCAGGCUGCUUACCUGCGCGGGAAGUUGUACAAAAUUCCCGAAAUCGAGGAAGAGACCGCCAUACUUGACUUCUUACAUGCGGUUCGAGUCAGGCUCAAUCCAAGCUGGGGCCAACGCACGUAUGAAACCAUUCGCGAGUCAAUGGCUGAAGGCCGUAACGUUCCAACCCUCGACCAAAUCGGUUACAGGUUCGCCUUGACUUUCGACGACAUGACAACGAAGAACACCACAGAACCAGGGGGUGCCUACUCAACCUUCGCAGGACGGUCCGACUCUGAUCAAAACGCAUCCAACAAGCGGGUUUCUAACUGCCCCUGUGAUCGAAGUCAUCGAUGGAAGCCCGUCGAAUGCCGAUGGGUUGAAACAGCUCUGACUAGCACAACGAAACAAGGCUCACCUUUGCGGUUGGACGAAGCACAGACCACGAUUAUACUCGACGCAGUCAAGUCCAACAAAUGGAAAUCCCUACAGUCUGACUUCAAGAAGCUUGGAUGGCUUAAGGGAGAUGGUACACCAAAGAAACCACACACCCCGAAAGCCUUCAGCAAUGCCAAUUCUGCUACAUCGUCUGACAAGGAUAAUGGACACAUAGUCGCAGUACUCAUGAAGGGUCACGACCAAGAGUCCAACGCAAUCUUCAGCGCGCCCAUGGGUAGUGCUCAUCCACUGUCUAUGAGUACAGUGAUGGACAGCUGUGGCGCCAUGCACCUAGUCAACGACAAACGCCUUCUUGAAGCAGGAAGCUAUACGCUAUCUGGUGAUGAUGACUACGUCGAAUCAGGCACCACCACACUUCCUGUUACUGGUCGAGGAACCCGCAUCAUGAGAGGGGUUCUAGAUGGGCCAAAUGGGAAAGGCACUGCUGACCUGACGCUCACCAACGUCGCUUACGUCGAAGGUUUCCACGUCAACAUAGUCUCUGAGACUCUACUUCGAAGAAGCGCACUCUGCGAACACGAGAAAGGACUGAUGAUGCUCUUCUUUGGCAUCUCAGGACCGGACAUCUUGGACCGAAUGCACUUCGUCAGCUCAUAUAUAAGACGCGUGGUGUGCGCAUUAGACCGCCUACACAAGUCGAGUGCGAAGCCUGUGCAACAGCUGGAGCAAAACUCGUUGUCUCAAGAGGACGCUCGUCAAAACGCGCCUCACGACCAUGGUACCGAGUGCACUGGGACCUCUUCGAAUUCCCAGCUUCUCUAA